UGUUCUCCCAAAUCUUCCCGCUCGCUUGAUCCUCAAGUUUCACAGGUACUCCAGACGGCCCACUAAGUGCUAUUUAAGUACUUUUUGUAUAAUGUAUAAUGCUUUUCACACCACUUGAGGUAAUUAAUAGCUCUUUGUCAGUGGUGUUAAUAUUUCAUGAGGGUGGUCCCAUUUGUCACUGAGCUAACGGGAGGUCAUUUUAGUUUCCCUUUUUAGACUUAUAUUAGAUUUAAUUAUUAAAUUCUUUAUUUGGUUUACUCUGUACGUGAUGAAUAUUACGCUACUGUAGUAUUACAUUUCAGCCUUCCAGCCACAGUCCAUCGUAGCCACUGAUCUGUAGUCUCUUUGGGUCGCAUUAACAUUUAUACUCUCUUAGUAAUUUGGGAUUGUCUUCAGAGGAGGUAAUCUCAGAAUUUAUCUUUAUUCUCUCACUGGAGAGAAUAGUAACUCACGAGGCAAUAUUGAUUUCCUUGUUUGAUAUGUUUGUAUUGUGUGUAUUACGGCAGAACCUCACUGCAGCAGGGAGGUUAAGCAGCUGUUUGAUGAGCACAGACUGUUGUUUUUGUAUGAGAAGGCUCAUCAGGUCUUCAUGGAACAGUUCAGUAAGGCUUCUCCAGGGAUCCUGUGCAGUUUGGACUGGAAGAUGAAGCUGGGCCUGAGUUUAUACUGCAGGUAAACUAAGUAUGCUCAAAGGUUUAGCAGGAACUUAAAGAACAUAAUAUCACCUGCAGCAAUAUUAUACCCUCUCUGUCUUGUCCAGAUAUUAUUUUGUGCUCUAAUUACCUUUUGUCGUGUUAGUAUAAUGUUGCAUUUUUGAGUUGCAGAAAUGCCUUUUUUCUUCAGUUUUAUUUUUUUAGAUAACCAUAAAAUGUCUCAUCAAAUCGGGGGAUUCUUAGUUUUUAGUCUUGCUAUUUUAAAAUGUUUAAUUAAGGACAAUAUCUACCAAUUUGAUUCUGCGUUUUCACGAUAUCAACAUGGCAUUAUUUAAGAAUCACUUUAAGAUAUCACCGUUUAGUAAAGUUUAGUUCUCGAAGUCUAUCAAUUCAUGAUUUUCUUUUCGAGAAAGAAGAAAUUAAGUAUUUGAGGUGGUAAUACAAAACAUCUGUAAUAUUCUUAUGUAUUUUACAAAACGACAGCUCUAGAGAAGGAGGAACUUAGGUCUAGAUCUAGAUUUGCUGUUGCAGCACAGCAACAGUAAUAGUGUUUAAAUAGCAAGAAACCAAAUAUAACCUACCAUUUUAUUUUAUCUAUUUGUUAUCUGUCAGACCCACUUUGCAGCAUUGGCCUAUAACCAUUUUUAAAGUAGGAUGUUCUAAAUUCUAAAGUCAAAUUUAGAGUUGUCCACCAGCUGGGGAGGUCGCCCAGGCUUGGUGGCUUGUUUAUACCUCCAGGCUGGUUAGCCAAUUCCUACAUGGACACAUUUACACCAGGCUUAUUUAUUUUUCUUCCUUCUUUAUUUAACAACCGGCAGCACUAGUUUGGCUCCCGAUUCGACGUAUCCACCCAUCACUCUGUAAGCCAAAUUGGCUGUAUCUGUUGUCACGACUGCCACAAAUAAAUACUACAUGUGUGUGCCAAUUCCAAGUGUGAUGCAGUCUUGAGCUUUUGCUUUUUAGUGCUGAGUUGAGUCUUCAGCAGUCAGAUUUGACUCUCGCCGUAAACAAGUCUCGGUCCGGUCUUGAUUUUGGCAACUCAGAUAUGAUUUCAAGUCUUCAGUCUCAGGCACACAGUCAGUUACUCUACCUAAAUGACCUCUGGGUAUAAAUAGGGAUGUAAGGUGAUUAUAGUCUGGACAUUCAGUUGACAGAUCUCUGGGCAACCUGGUUUUGUUGCAGGUAUUCUCCUGUCAGGCUCUAUGGAUGGCAACGUCGGUUUUGUCCAGACAUUCAUGGUCUCCAGAGGAUGAUUGUUACUGACUUUGUUGAUAUAAUGACUCUUCUCUUAGCACAACCAUGAGGUUGACAUCUGUGGUUUUUAAGUAAAAUUACGAUUAGACGGUGGAUUACCUUGAAAUUGAGUUCUUCUUCAGACUUUUUUCUUGUGUCAUAUUCAGGUCAAAAUAUCUAUUUGCAAAAUAAUUUCUACGACCUGCAAAAUUAAUGACAUUCCCAUCAAGUCUCAGCUGUAUGCUUAGUGCUAAUUAGCUAAUGUUAGCAUGCUAACUGGCUAAAACUAGUGAACCUUUAGCCUUUUUUAAUUUUAUUGAAGUGAAAUCCCCCUCCUCUCUUCCCUCUCCUGUAAAAACUAACCAAACGUGCAUUUUUACCAUCAAGAACAUACAUUUUCUAACUGGUUUUCAAAGUCAGUAUGAAAUUAAUUCAUUUUGCAGUUUCAUGUCUCACGUUUACUUUGGAAAGAGAACCAAAGGCUGUUACUAACGAGCCUUGUCGCUGUGUUCUAAAAAAGGAAAUUACAUUUAAGGUCCGAUGUUGAUAGGGGCAGUAAACAUUUAAAAACUGUUCAUUAUUUUUUAAACGAAAAUAUUAGCUGAUUUUGUUGAACAUAUUUUGAGGUAUGCAAUGCAUAUCUCGUUCUCUUGUUAAAAUAAUCCGUAGCACUCAUUCCGUUUCAACUCCCUCUCUCACUCCCUCCUUAAAUUCACAUACACACACGUACAGACGGUGCGUUUGAAGGCAGCCCAUCAGUAUUCAGUGCGGCGUCAGGCAGCUAAACGGUAAGGAGGAGGAAAGCUGGCGUGUUUGAAGAGCAGACUUUCCAGAUUGACUGUUCAUGUACUCCCUCCCUUCCUCUGCUCCCUCUUUCUGCUUGGAUAUUGGGAAAAACUGGACCGGAACCAGAGCCUACAUCCUCUCAGCUCCAUCUCACAGCCACUGCUGCAUGUCUGCAGUUCAUUCCUUCAUCACCACCCAUCACAAUAUGUCUGUUUCUCCCUCCCCCGCUCUGAUCCGCCUCUAUUGUCCGUCUCUCUCUCUCUCUCUCUGCCCUCCCCUGGACGUUUUUUAACCCUGUCUUGUGUCACCAGGAAGCUUGUGGCAAGAGGCCUGAUAGUUACAUAACGACUGCUGCAGCGCUCGGGACACUGUGUUAAAUCACAACUCAGUCGCGACUGUGUGAGUGUUUGCUGCCUGUUGUAGAAUGUAUGUUUCCGCUCAGCAGCCAAAUUUGUUGAUGGAUCCAGCCAGCAUCCCUUCAAUAGUUUCUUCCUCUCUGUCUGUUGGUCUCAGCCACCUUGGAUCUCACUCUGUUUAUCUGUGUGUGAAGACGGACUUUUGGUUUAUAUCCGGUUUAUAUCCUCACAAAAUGUCUGGCAUGGAUGGUUGAACAGGAUAGCUACAUGUACAAAUUCACAUUACUCCAAGAAACGCAUAGAACAUAAUGCGACAGUUUGUUUUUUCCAGAAAUCAUGGUUUGGUUGUCAUAUUGCUAAAGAAGACAAGUCUGCAGCCAUGCGAGUGGCUCUGUGAGUCUGUACUUAGCCAUGCGGUGAUUCCAGCUGAAUGCUAACAAGCUUACACUGACAAUGCUAAUGUUGAUGUUUAGCAGGUAUAGAGUUGACCAUGUUCACAACAUUUGCUGAUUAGCACUAAACACAAAAUACAGCUGGGGCAGAUGGGAAUUAGCUUUGCAAACAAGUUAUUCUUUCAACUCAUCCAGAGGGAAAGAUUUAUAUAUUUACAAAAUGUCAUGGCCAUCUCAUCCUGGAGUUUUUGAGACAUUUCACUCAAAUAUCAACCUCAUGAUGGCGCUAGAGAACUGUAAAGUCCAUAGUAGUCAUCCUCUGGGGACCAUGACCAAGGCAAUUCAUCAGGUAGUUUAUGAGAUAUUUCAGUCCGGACCAAAGUGGUGGAGCGAGCAACCGAGUGACAUUGCUAUUCCUAGAGCCAUGCCAUCAGUGUGGCUAAAAAAUGCAAAACUGACACUGAACAUUAGCAGAGAAGAUACCAGUCAGAGCCCACAGUGGCUGAACUCAUCCAAAAAUGACCCAGAAAGUAAGUUAAUUAGCUCAAACCAUUAUUUCAGCCCUUCAUUGGCAGCGUAGGACAGAAUUUAGAAGUUUUUAUCUACUCAGUCUUGUAUCUGUGACUCUUGUCACUGAACUACAUUUCUUUUCCAAUGCUUUCCCAAUCCAAAGGUUAAUAUUUCGUACUGAUGGUUCAGACAGAGUUUCAUGUCCAUCCAAAAGGUGAAAAUGCUCCAGUAACCGAAAUUUGUCGAAGCAGAUAUUAAAGUCCCAGUGAAACAGAAGUUAGAGCAUCUUUAGCUUCGGCACAGAGAGUGUUCGCCAGUGAAAUGGAAUAUUUGAGCGGGAGGGAUGGCAGGAAGGAUUUAAAUGAAAUCCUUUGCACUUGAUUGCACCACUAAAAAGUGGGCGGGCUUAGGAUGUAGCGGCAUCAAGCAGCAGCCUCUGGUUCUGAAAAGUGAAGCCAAAAACCCAAAUGGCGACGGCCAAAAUGCUGAAUUCGAGGCUUCGUAGUGCCUCCGUCCACUUCUAUGAGAACGAUGCGGAGCUACAGAUGACUGUGGCUCCACACACGCCUCUCUUGUUGCUAAAAGUUGAAGAAGAUUGAUUGAUGGACGGUGUCAUGUUAUUGGUUGAAAUUGGUUGGCACUAGCUAAUCGAAGCAAAAUCCAUAUUUUGUUUACAGAAAGAAAAGAUGAUUGGAUUUUUUUGUAAUUCUUUUGCACAACAUGACUCGGAAAGUGAUCUAUAAGUGUUGAAAAGGCAUUUUUAAUUUCAUCUUGACUUAAAGUAGAAUGUUUACCUCUGGGUCCCUGGACAACUGAAACCUUAUGACACCUCCUAUUCACACACUGUCACUGGUGUUUACUUCUGACAGCUGCUUUGAAAAUAAAAUUUCUCCCAUGAACUGAAAUAUUCUAAAUAAACCUGAAAACAGCUAUGCAGUCAUAGAGUCAUGCUUCAAGUUCUGUCUACAUGGUGCCUAGUCUGCAAUAAUAGUUGUAAACAAGGUUAGAGAGACAGUGAAUCAUGUCCUUAUGACUGUUGCUUAUUGAAUGAUCUCGCUGAGGGACUAAUUUAAUUCUUGGUGUUUUACAGCCUCUUGUUGCUAAUUAAAGAAUAUAUUACAAUUAAAUUAUGUAUUUGCAUUGUUUUUCAGAGGUGUUGCAGUAAUUAAAUUUACAGGAGCAUAACUGCCUUUGGAUAAUAACCGAUUUGAACUGACAAGUUUUGUCUCAGUAGUAUCACUCAGUCAGUAGGUAAGACUCACUUUAGUUUGAGCCAUUUCAGUCUUUAGCUCUGCUACCUGCGUGACUCUAGGCAUGUUACAUCAUUUUAAACUGCUUAAAAAACAAGUUUCACUAGUUCCUGUUAUUUUCUUUUCAUUAAGUUGAUUUGUACUAGCAUUAAGCGUACCUAGUCUUUGUUAGCAUUCAGUUAGCAACAUGUACUCCAUAAGCCCGUUUGUGCCAGGCCAUUACUUCAUUGGUGGUCCUUUUAUUAACCCAGAUGUUGGAGAUUGAACCACAGUACAAAGUGUUUUAUGGCUGUCAGAUGACAGGCAGCAUGCUCAAUCCCUACCAGCUCCAUAUGACCUGUAGCUGACCAUGACCUCUGACCUCCAUGGGGGAUGGAGAACAUCUCCCUACAGAAAUCAUGCCUAAUGUCCUCUUUGUUAUUUACAUCUCAAUGCUGAUGAAUUAGUGUGUGGUCUGUUGUUCUGGGAGCUGAGCAAUAGCACACCUGGCUAACACACACACACACACACAGUUACACAACAUCGAUAUUUAUUGGAAAAGGGCAACACACACACACACACACACACACAAGGAACAAAUAACGAAGCAGAAACUUGUUUAUUGUGCAGCCACCCAAAGCCCCUCUGGAGGCAUUCAUCAUCAGAUAGCUGAGUCAUCCUGUUGGUUUGCUUGAAAAUCAUGACCCACACUGCUAGCCUGCGCAGGCACAGGCCUAUUUGGACCAGAUCUUAUCGUUAAAAUACCCGGCAGCUCAUUAAUAAUGUCAUUAGAAAAUGUGUGUUUCAUAAUUUGCUGUUUUUUUUAUUGUGAAGACAUAAAUAUCUGAUGGGCCUGAUGCUAGAAACAGAUUGAGAGUGGCAUCUUGCAACAGAUUAUAAGAAUCCCACCCACAUGUAUUAAUUUUUGCAGUGGUGGGAUGCAACUAAAUGUACUCAAGUACAGUACUUAAGUGUGUGCUUGUGCUUAACGUUUUGUUUACAUUGAGAAUUUUCCUCACCAUGCAAAACCACAUCGGAUUGGGCAGCAUAUUUAUCUUCCUUGCUCGUAUCAGUUUUCUACUUGUUUUGCUCAACGCAAUGUUUCCUCAUAGAAGAAAAAUCUAUAUGUUUAAGUACAAGUCUGUUUCAGGGGCUGUCCCCUGUUGCCUAUAGGCCAGUACGCUGAUGGAGGAGAGAGAGAAGAUGAGGGUUGUUUGUACCCCGUAAAUUCUGUUGCAGACUCUCUAUUUGGAUCAACACAUCAGACCACAUUUGGCUCUCCUACUCUAUGCCCCAGCGAGCAGCGAAGAGGGCUCACGGCACUACAGGUUCAGCUGAUAAAUACAUCACAAGACCAGCCUCCUUCACUUCCCCUCUCUCGCUGUCUCUACUGCUCUGUCUUUCUUUUAUUAUCUAGCCCAGAUUACUGCUUUUUUUGAAUGAGUCUCUAAUCUUCAGUAUAUAUACCUCUCUAUUCUGCACCCGCACGCCUGAAGUUCCCCUCUUGCGUGUGUGUGUGUGUUGCAUUGACUCAAGGACAUCCCACGAGUCGACUGCGGGCUGGACAGCUGACACUGCGUCACCCAACCAGCGUUCUUGCUGCUGUCUAAACCAUCGGUCACAUGGCCAGCUUAAUGAUGGCCACGGCUGUUGCGGCGUGUCUGAAGUCUGCACAAGGCAGCUCCGUCUCCUGGCAACAUCCAACAGCCUGCUUAUUCCGCGCUGCACCGAGAGAUGAAUCACAUCUCUGUCCUGAUGUGUUCAGCUGCCCUUCUGGCCCCGUUGGCUCUCUCUCUGUAUUCCACCCGGGAACGGUCUUGGCUGUCUGAGCAGCGCCACGUUUCGUCCCGAGCUCUUGCUGCCUUCGUCCCUUCUCAUCUCCCUCACCUGUCUCCUGUCACGUCCCUCCCGUGCCUCCAUCUCAAUCUUCAUCUCGCCUACGCCUCCCCCUCCCCUUCUCCCGUUGUCUCGCUCGGUUUCUGUCUGUCAGCCUCUCCUCGCUCAUAUCUCAAUGAAAGACCUCCCUCAGUCUUUCUCCUUGUGUGUCCUCAGUAGAGGAGGAGGACAUGCUGCGCUUAUCAAACAGAAUCCACAGACAACCAGAAUGCAUCGUAAACCAACUGCAAACAUCAACUGAAGGCUUUUAUUGAUUACUACUCAGAAUGUUUGACAUGCCACAUUCAUUUUUAAGUGCAGCCGUAGUUGAUUUCUUUGAUCACCUUACAGUACUAAAGAGAAAACGACAGCAAAUCUUUUGAAUCGCUGUUGUGCAAUCAGUCAGGAGAUAGCGAGUGCUUGCUAAUGUGCUGGAGUAAAGUUAGUUCAUCUCUCUGAAAUCUUCUUACGGUAACAAGCUUACAUGUUUGUUGUGGUUCCUUGUCAACACUGGAGCUUCUGACUGUGUCAGAAACAUUUGUCUCGCAUGGAUCGGGAGGAUUUGUUUGUUAAUGUCCUUAAAGCAUUCAUGUCCAUUGUGCAGGUACUUGUAGUAUUUAGUUGAAUUGUGCUGCUGUGAACUCUAUGAAGUCACAGGAGGGCAGUUCUGUUUGUGCCGGCACCACCGCACAAACUCAAAUGCAUGUGUCCACAUGCCGAAAUGAACAAACAAAUAGUGCAACAUGUGUGUGCUGCUAUCCUGCCAGUAUAUAGUGACAUAAUUAGUUUCAUCUCCACAUCACAUUCCUCUCUCCACUUUUUGUCUCACUCGUCCUAUCCGCUUCUUUGCUCGUCUUCCUAGCUAGCGCCCUCCCCCUCUAAAGCUAUUCAAGUGGCACACUGCAGGAUUAUCCCUCAGCCUCUGAGACAUGCUGGUUCGGUCAGACUUAUCGUCUUCUCUGGGUUCCCUUUUGCCACAGAGGUCAAAGCUGCAAAAAUAAAAUUGGCAACACAUUAACCAUUCAAAGUACCAGCCAUAAAGGACAUCUGGACUACAAAUUCUCACAUCCACAAGGAGUCUUUUCAAGGAGUUGUUUGAUUUCAAAUCUCUGGAUUGGUUUCUUUUGUUUUUUCAAUGAUGGACCCAACCGUGUGCAUGAGGAACCCAGCUCGGCUGCAGAGGACAGGUUUAGUCAUUAGAGUGCUUUGCCACAUCCAGGAAAAUGUCUGGCUCCUACGAUGAAUGUGCAGUUGCUGACGACACCAUGGACAGCUUCUGGGAGGUAGGGAACUACAAACGUGCUGUCAAGAGAGUUGAUGACGGCCAUCGGCUCUGCAAUGACGUCAUGGGCUGCCUGCAGGAGCGUGCCAAGAUAGAAAAAGCUUAUGGUGAUCAGCUAACUGCAUGGUCCAAGAGAUGGAGACAGCUCAUUGAGAAAGGCCCACAGUACGGCUCUGUGGAGAGAGCCUGGCUGGCUGUGAUGACCGAGGCAGAGAAGGUGAGUGAGCUGCACCAAGAUGUGAAGAACAACCUGACGAACGAGGACGUCGAGAAAGUGAAGAACUGGCAGAAGGAAGCCUAUCACAAGCAAAUGAUCGGAGGCUUCAAAGAGGCCAAGGAGGCGGAUGAAGGCUUCAAGAAGGCUCAGAAACCGUGGGCCAAAAAGCUCAAGGAGAUGGAGGCAGCUAAGAAGACAUAUCACAUGGCCUGCAAGGAGGAGAAGCUGGCUGCAGCCCGCGAGGCCAACGGCAAGACUGAGGCUUCUGUCACAGCAGACCAGCAGAAGAAACUCCACGAGAAAGUGGACAAAUGCAAACAGGAUGUGCAGAAGGCUAAAGAAAAGUAUGAGAAGUCUCUGGAGGAGCUGAAUAAGUGCACCCCGCAGUACAUGGAGUGCAUGGAGCAGGUGUUUGACCAGUGCCAGCAGCAUGAAGUCAGGAGGCUGACCUUCCUCAAGGAGGCCUUGCUGGACAUCAAACGCCAUCUCAACCUCACCGAGAACCAAAGCUAUUCCACAAUAUACAGAGAUCUGGAGCGCACCGUCCUGUCGUCAAACACACAAGAGGAUCUGAAGUGGUUCAGCAACAACCACGGUCCUGGGAUGCAUAUGAACUGGCCUGCUUUUGAGGAAUACAACCCAGACCAGGCUGCUGCUCCCCCAAAGAAGAAGAAACCAGACGGAGCCCCACCCACCCCGAGCACCGACCAUGUGGCUCCACCUGGUGACCGUAGCAGUGUGAGCAGCUAUGAAAAAAACCAAGCUUACUCGACUGAGUGGUCCGAUGAUGAGCAGCCCGCUACGCACUCUGGCAACGAAAACGGCGGGAACGGCAAUUCUUUUGAAGAAGAUUCCAGCACUGGGAAAGCCGUCCGUGUCCGAGCUCUCUAUGAUUAUGAAGGCCAGGAGCAGGAUGAGCUCACCUUCAAAGCAGGUGAUGAACUGACCAAGACUGAGGAUGAAGACGAGCAAGGCUGGUGUAGAGGUCGCUUGGACACUGGCCGAGAGGGACUGUACCCGGCCAAUUAUGUCGAGCCGAUCUAGUCACGUUUCUGGACAAGGACACGCCAUUGGAGGAAGCUUGAACUGUCCCGUACAAUUGCAUCGCACAUAGCCAGAGACUUAAGAGCAACACAUCCCUUGCCCAACAGAUGCGCCAAGCAGUCUUGCCUAAAUAAAAACUUAGUAACCUAAAAGACAAUAUAUCAAUAUAAUAUAUUUUAUCCAGCAUUUGGGGUGGGUGGACUUACACAUUUAAAAACAGGAGCAGCAGUUACUCCAGUAUAUACACACUCAACUAUAACAUCAAGACAGUGCAGGAACACAUUGCUUCUCUGUGUAGCUGUAUUUAACAUAUAAUGCAGCUUAUUUAAACUUGCAGUAUACUGCAGUCUGUUCUCUUGUGAAUAUGGGAAGAUAAUAUAACCAGUUAUGCCCUUUCGACAAAGACGAGCUUCUCUAACCUGCAUUGUGUAUAUACGGUGUGAUGCCAUUUCUGUGUAGCAUUUUGAAUGCUGUGUUGUGGUCAGUCGUCAUCCUUACAUCUGGAAUGCUGUGUAGUGUUAAAAUGUACCACAAACAGUAUGCUCUUUUUAUUUUCUUCGUUUUUUUGUUUUUCUUUGUGAUUUGGUCCAACCUCUUCUCCAGUGUGUGCAGUGCUAUGUGUUUUUAACUGUUUCUCAA